AUGUCGCUCAGUUCCAGCACGAUGUUGCGCCUUUCUGAUACUUUUGUUAUUAGCUGUGGUACAAUCACUCUGGAUCCUGUUGAAGCAAAGAUGCUUCUUAUUCGCUGGAAGAAAAAUGGAGAGGUUUUCCUACCCAAAGGACGCAAGAACAUUGGCGAGACCUUAGAGAAUGCCGCAAUACGAGAGACCUACGAAGAAACAGGUUUCCGAGUAACUCUCCUCCCGUUGCGGAUUCCCACACUCGCAACUCCAGUGGCGGCUGCUAACCUGGACGGUGAGCUAACCACGGAGCCUGUUGCUGGAGACUCUACCGCUACGCCUGAUGCAGGAACACAGGAGGAGGGGGAGGACUUUGACCCAGUCUGGGCAGAUCUCGAAAAUGCAGUUCAGACUCUGACUUUCGACGAUGACAAGCAGAUUGCACAAACAGUCGUUAAGCUAUUCCGAGCCAGCUCUAUAGUCGAGAGUCAGGACAGUUGA